AUGUUUCACCGCAUAUGGGCUGUGACUAAAAGUGGGACUGAGACGUGGGGACUAGGACUCGGGGACGUGGACUCUGGGACGUGGACUCUGGGACGUGGACUCUGGGACGUGGACUCUGUGACGUGGGACUCGGGGACGUGGGACUCGGGGACAUCAUUUCUGGAGGACACAGGAAUAUUUCCCUACAAACUGCUUUGUACUUUGCUUUGUGACACCGGAAAUGCUCGGGAUGCUCUUUAUGUUGAGGAGUUGGGUCGAGCUAGAGGCCUAUCAGACUUAAUGGCAGAGAAGUACUCGGUUGAAACGCACAUCUCUGCUAAUCCACAAUCUUGGUUUGGCAUUGAGAACAUUUUAAGAAAGAAAAAAAACUGUACUUGUCUGUACAUUUCUUAUUUUCAGAAUCGUCUGCAUUUGUGGAUCUUGAAAACAAGUGGAGUCCUUCACUAUAGAAGAGUAUCACCAGAAGAGAAUCUAGUUCAGGCUGGGUUACCCAAAGAUUUGUCUUUGAGUCAAUUUUUGGAUGAUAAUUUCCGGAGUCUUGGUAUUUUGCCCACUAAAGAUUGUGAAGAUCGGUCUUUAAAUACGAUUAAAUUGCAACCUCUCUCCCCCGCGCAAAAGAGCUCAGCAAGAUUGCGACUCGUGGAGGAGGACGAGGACGAGGACGAGGACGAGAAAGUGAUUUCAAGUCUAUAUUUGUGUUACAAAAUGUUCAUUGCUCCCGUUUAUGAUUUGCUUGAUGAGCCUGAAGUCAUUAUUGUUCCUGACCGCAGGUUGUACAAAGUUCCCUUUGCUGCCCUGAGUGAAAAGGAAGGAGCCGAAUACUUGUCAGAGACUCAUAAGAUCCGUAUCAUUCCUUCGUUGACAACACUCAAGAACAUUCAAGAUAGUCCAGAGGACUAUCACAGCAACACUGGUGCCUUGGUAAUAGGCAAUCCCAAGGUUAAUUGGCUGCAACCAUUGCCAGGUGCAAGAAAGGAAGCGGAGAUGGUCGGACGACUGGUGGGUGUUCCGCCUCUAGUUGAAGAGAAAGCAACGAAGCAGGCGGUACUUGAGCGGAUAAGUUCAGUGAGCUUGAUACAUUUUGCUGCCCAUGGUAACGCGGAAAGAGGGGAAAUUGCACUCUCCCCCAUUCCUACUCCCACCGCUAUCCCACCGAAGGAAGCUUACAUGUUGACGAUGGCUGAUGUCUCACGAGUGAAAGUCAGAGCUAAACUGGUGGUACUUAGCUGCUGUCACAGUGGAAGUGGAGAGAUAAGAGCCGAGGGAGUUAUAGGAAUUGCCCGUGCGUUCUUAGGAUCCGGUGCUCGCUCGGUGUUGGUUGCGCUGUGGGCCAUUCCAGACUCAGCAACAGAGCAGCUGAUGAGUCGGUUCUACGAACACCUCAUUGAAGGUGGAAGUGCCAGUGAGUCCCUUCAUCAUGCCAUGAAGUGGAUGAGAAAAAACGGCUUGAACACAAUGUCUGAGUGGGCUUCGUUUACGCUGAUUGGAGAUGAUGUGAGACUCGAGUUUGACAAGCAGCGCCAAGAUUCAGUGAGAACAG